CUUCAAUGGCUUUUUCAUACUUAAAUUUAGUUUUAGUGACAUUGACAACUUUGUUUUUCUUGCAAACAACAAAAGUAAAGUCACAAAAAUCAGUUUCAUUCCACAUCACCAAUUUCACUAUUAGCAGACCUAGUAUAACCCUUCAAGGAACUGCCGAGUUUUUACCUAAUGUUUUGUUACUCAACGACAUUGAGCACCCUGUUUUUGUUGUUGGUCGUGCUUUGUAUUCUAAACCAAUUACACUUUGGAACAAUAAAACCGGCAAAGUUGCCAGCUUUGUCACUUCAUUCACUUUCGAUGUUCAAGAUUUAAAGAAAACUGUUCCUGGUCAUGGACUUGUAUUCUUUCUUGCCCCAUCAGGCUCCGAGAUUCCCUUCAGUUCAGAUGGUGGGAACCUCGGAGUAGUUGAUGGGAAAAAUGCUUUUAAUAGAUUUGUUGGUGUUGAAUUUGACAAUUUUGUUAAUUCAUGGGAUCCCAAGUACUCUCAUGUUGGAAUCAAUGUCAAUUCUUUAAUUUCUACUAAGACGGUGAAAUGGAAUAGAGUGAGUGGAGAACUUGUGAAAGUAAGUAUUGUUUAUGACUCUGUUUCUACGACAUUGACGGUUAUUGUUACUUAUAAGAAUGGUCAAAUUUCGAUUCUUUCUCAACUUGUUGAUUUGAAAGCUGUACUUCCUGAUACAGUUAACAUUGGUUUCUCUGCUUCUACGACACUUGUUUCUCCUCGUCAACUACACAAUAUUCAUUCAUGGUCUUUCACUUCAACUUUCGAAACAUAAGAUAAUAUAAAAUAUAAUAUUGCAAAAUUUGUUUGGUUUUAUUUGGAAUUUUGUUCUAUGGAUGCAUGGAGCUUUUCACAACUAGUAUUUCUAAACAAAGACAAUGCUAGGUAGUUUGUGUGAAUCACUUGUGUGUGUGUGUAUAUGUGUUUUUUUCCCCUUCUAAAUAAAGAAAAUGAUUGAACCA